AUGUCGCAGCAUGCGCCGCGGCGUGGCCAGCCUUCAUCUUCGGACGCAUUCUCGAACCCAGACAUUGAUGCUGAAGUUGGAGCCCGUCAUCGCUGGGACUCGCGCCGUUCUCAUGCCUCUCAACUCCCAUCGUCUCCUCCAUCACAUUCACAAUCUUCCGUCGACGACAAUUCCACGAGUCCAACCACCGGUCGCCUGAUCAACGUGCCGUCUUUGUCCUCUCUUGGUUCACUUCCACAUCCAGGUCAAAGAUCACCUCGACCACCCGUACCUAGCCCGUUGUCUACAUCCAGCAACGUGGCGACCUCUCCGUCAAGCACGAGUCCUCCAGAGCCCGCUGUUUCUGCGACACGGCAAGGAUUUCAGCCUAUUGGCGGCAAGUUGGCUGAGAAGACGAUAUCUAGGGCACCUGUUGGGCAGACGACGUUUUAUAGCGACUCGUCCAGUCCAUCUAGCCCAGACGACGAAAUCCCAAGGCUCAACUUUCCAAACCAUCCGAAUGACAACCGAAGCGUCUCCGACACCGUGAGAUCGACGCCUGCCCCACGGCCCUCAAAGGCUGGCAAACCGGUCAUGGCUGCGACGAUGGCCGCCAACUCUACCGAAGGAACGAAAGGGCUACCCCGAAAUUCCUCUAUUGAUACGGCUAUCUCCACCAUUUCAUCGAAACAAGGCCAAGGCUCCUCAGGUAGCAAAAGUGGACCUCAAGAUGCACCCGGCUCGCCAGAUAUCGCAAGCCUCAUCAAGACGGCCGGUAGCCCAGAAGCUGUAAUACAGCACCUACUCAAAGAGAAGCACUCGCAGUCACAACAAAAUACUCAAUUAUGGAGACUGGUGGACAAGCAGAGAGCCAUGAUCUUGGGCUUGAACAAGGACCUGGAAGCAGCACUCAAGGAGAAGGAGAAGUACAGACGGAAGCUGAAGGAAAUAAUGGCGAAUCCGGCAGUAAAGGAAGCGGCAUCUGGUCACAAAGUUGAAUCGUCGUCUGGCGAUCGUGUAGAACGUGGUGCCAUUUCGCCUCGCGAACAGCGGCCUCAACCCAGAGUACAGACAAGCGGACCACCGGAUUCUCCCUCGCUCGACUCAGAUAGUCAGAAAGACUCACCUAUCGACAUUCCUUCCAUGGCACCGUAUCCGAUUACACCACCGGCUGAUAAACCUCAUGUUUCACCGAAUCCAGUUCGCGAAAUGUUGGACCCCAAGCAUGCCAUGCCAAAAGCACAGGAGCAUGCACUGGGCAAGUUUGACCACGAGGCGGAAGACAAGGCUGCCGAUGUCGCUUGGAAAGACAAGGGCGAGCAACAAUUGAGAGAGAUCCCGUAUAACGUUUCGCUGCCUCCGUCCAGAAGCUUCCCCAGUGAACCACCCAAGGUUCCACCACCAAAGAUUCCAACAGCUGCUCCAUCUGUGGCAGCAGGCGAACCAUCGCCACAGACAGACAAAGGUCUCAGCCAGUUCCCUUCGCCUCCUCGGAAAGCACCUCCGGCACCACUUCAAUUGAAGAAGCAAGUCCGACAGAACCUGGCAGCGACUGCGGACGACGACACUGAAUCUGACUAUGACGAUAUUCUCGAAGUCGACGAGAUUGUUGGCGAAACGCGGGGGCGACGAAAAACGAGAGAGGACGAUGAUAAGGAGCGCGAAGCCGUUGCUUUCAGACAGGCGCAAGAGCGAAGUGCGUCUCAAACAGGCCCGCAAAGCCCAACCAAAGUACCCAAAGCGCAUUAUCCGACGUCAACCCCUUCAUCUCAGGCCCAAGAACCAGAACAAUCUGCGUCCAUAAAUGCGCUGCUGCUUCCAGUGAAGAAGACCGAGAUACCGGCACCGCUGUUAAGUCCCGGUUUGCCGGCGACUCCCCGACCACUUGGUAACAUUCAGCACUCAGCUUCUGCGCCUCUGUCUGCAAGACUUGUUGGUGCAUCGGCUCCGCUCUCUCCUCGUCCACCACGGCAACCAAUUGUGCUGCCUCCAAACACACCGUUAAUGUCUCCUCCGCCACCAGGCUCCGCGAGUUCCUCGUCUGUUGCACUACUGAACGUGGCCAAGUAUAGUGGUGACGGGAGCCAAUCAUCACCCACGGAGCGUACAAAGAUAUAUCGAGGUCUUGUUACAGACGAAUAUCCGAAUCUUUUGCUACCCCCCAACGCGUUGCCAUCUAUCAAGGUGAAGGUGGCAUCUUCGCGCAUGAAACCAUCAAGAGCUAGUCUUCUGUCCUUGACGCAAUUGGAAGAAGACCCCGUCUUUACGCUUGCAAUUAUAUCUCGGGCUGAUGAUGGCGAGCUUUGGCGAGUUGAGAAAGAUAUUGCUUCAUUGAGCAAGUUGGACUCGAGGCUGAAGCAGUGUCCAGACUGCGCUGCCAAAACCCCCGACCGCACACUUUUUACUGGCCAUUCACCUGCAAAGCUGGAUUCCCGACGAGAGGCUUUGGAAGAAUACAUGGCCGAGGUUCUCGACACCCCUUUUGACAUCGCUACAGCCAUAGAACUGUGCAAGUAUCUCUCGACACACACGCUGCCGCCAAAUGCUGAUGAAACUGGAUCGUCGUUCCGUCCAACUCCUGAGAACAGCGGGCUCAAGAUUGGCGCUGACGGCCGACCGCUUCGUAGUGGCUAUCUGACAAAGAAGGGCAAGAACUUUGGUGGCUGGAAAGUCAGGUUCUUUGUCCUGGAAGGACCGGAACCAGAGUUCAAGUACUACGAGACACCCGGAGGGGCUCAUCUCGGCACCAUUAGGCUUCGGAAUGCGCAAAUAGGCAAACAGUCUCACACACAAAGCAACGAAAACCAGUCGCCGGCACGACCAACCACUGGGGAGGAGCUUGAUAAUCAAUUCAGACAUGCUUUCCUGAUCAUGGAGCCCAAAAAGAGGGACUCCAGUGCAUAUGUGAAGCACAUAUUGUGUGCGGAGAGCGACAAGGAGCGAGAUGUUUGGGUCGACGUUCUUUUGCAGUGGAUAGACUACCAGGAUCCUGACGAUUCCCGGCCACCACAAGGCACAAAGCCGGCGCACGACCAACAGGUUUCUGGACCUGAUCACCCCAGCGGUGGCAGAUCAAAGAAGAACCCCCCGGGCAGCGGCAAGUCUCAUCACCAACAUGGAGAUUCCGACACCCUGAUUGGCGUUAGGUACGACUCAACACAUGCCGGAGACGCGCCCCAAAAAGGAACCACUGCCCUCUCCGAACAGCAAGGCUCACAAAACUUUGCCAGCGAGACCAUGAGCUCUCAAGCCAACAAAACGAUAUCUGCACCUAAAGAUCCACAGCUAAUCUCCGAUUCGGCGGCCUGGGGUAACCGGAUAGGUGGUCUUAGCGCCCCGACGCACGACGAAAAGAAGCAGCGAAAGCGAAGCUUUUUCGGAUUCGGCCCCAAGACCCGAACCUCUUCUGAUGGGCAGGACUCCUUAUUCGGAGGCAGCGAUGCUGGUUCGGGUUCAGCGGUACCUGCAUCUUACGGUCAGCAAGGACCUACUCGCCAGGUAUUCGGAGCGCCGCUGGCGGAAGCGGUUCGUUACAACCCCCCAGUUGACGUCGACGUACCACUCCCGUCGGUUGUCUAUCGAUGUAUACAGUAUCUUGAUCAUCACGAUGCCAUUUAUGAAGAAGGAAUCUUCCGACUUAGUGGAUCAAGCGUGGUCAUCAAGCAGCUGCGCGAGCGAUUCAAUGUGGAGAGUGAUGUCAAUCUUGUAGCUGAUGAGGUGUACCAUGACAUCCAUGCCGUGGCAUCUCUGCUGAAGGGCUAUCUGCGAGAGCUUCCAACCACCAUUCUCACGAGAGACCUUCACCUCGACUUCAUGCAGACGACCGAGGUUCUAGAUCGGCAUGAAAAGGUGGCACGAUUGAAUGAGCUGACGCAAAGGCUACCUCGAGCGAACGCAACUCUGCUGAAGUACCUGAUUGCCUUUUUGAUCAGAAUUAUAAACAACUCGGACAAGAAUAAGAUGAAUGUCCGUAAUGUGGGCAUUGUGUUCUCGCCCACGCUCAACAUUCCCGCGCAGGUUUUCGCCAUGUUCCUGCAAAACUACGAGGGCAUUUUUGGAAUUGCCCCAGAAGAGUAUGAACUGCCGUCUCCAAGCACAGAGAGCUCAGAAGUACAAGGACAACCAGACGCGCCACUUCAACGAUUCGUUGAGCCACCACCGCCGCGACCCUCGACUUCAUCUGGCGGGAGCGCCUCGCCGCAUCGCCAGCCGCGAAUGGAGGCCAGGAGGGACCAUUCCAGGUCAACACCAACACCACCUCUGAUGGCCAAUAUCCAGGGCGCUCGAAGUACCCCCACGCCUCCCCUGGGGUUGCAUGGCGGCGCUUCGCGACCAGCAUAUGAGAGCGGCUACUCCAUGCCGAACGGUUUCGACGGCCACGGGUAUCAUCCGGUGCACAGAGUGGCACCUGGCUAUGACCGACCGACAUACCAGUCACCAGGCGAAGACUACGGUGUAGUCGAACAGCAACGGGCUUCAAAUGCAAAGAGACGGGAGAGCUCAAUUUAUAUGGGAGGAGUUGUGGGUUUACAGCAGCAAGGCUCAAGGAGUCGACUUCGUGAGGAAGCUCAGAUCUAA